AUGGAAUCGGAUGAGCUGGCCAAUAUCAAUGUGGUCGUGAGAUGUCGCGGCCGAAAUCGACAAGAAAUCCAAGCGAAAUCACCAGUAGUAGUCAAGAUCCCUACCAACUUUGAUGAAGGCGUACCGACAGAGAUAUCUAUCAACACCAGUAAUGAAACAGGUAUAUCUGCAGAUAUUUCAUCGAAAACAUUCACAGUUGACAAGGUAUACGGUACAGAAACAGAUCAAUCGCUGUUUUUCCAAGGGACUGCUGAACCACUAUUUAAGGAGUUUCUAAAAGGUUACAAUUGCACAAUGUUUGCCUAUGGUCAAACAGGUACUGGAAAAACCUAUACAAUGCAUGGCGAUGAGAAAAUUGAUGUCAGAACAGGCUCUUUCAGUCCCCAAGCUGGGAUCAUACCAAGAAUAUUAUACACAUUGUUUGAUACUUUGGCAGUAUUGCAAGGUACCGAUUUUAUCAUCAAAUGCUCAUUUUUGGAGUUAUAUAAUGAAGAACUCCGAGAUUUAUUUGCCGUGGAUGACUCAAAGAAGCUCAGGAUCUUCGAGCAUAAUGGAAAUAAUAACAACAAUAAUGUCAUCAAUAAGAAUGCAAUAAUGACCCAGAACUUGGAAGAGGUUAUACUACGGGAUGCUGAACAUGGAAUGAGAUUACUACAAGGAGGUAUCAAUAAAAGACAAGUUGCCGCUACCAGAUUAAAUGAUGUAUCCAGUAGAUCACAUACAAUUUUCACAAUUAAUUUAUUCAAGCAAGCAACAACAUCCGGAAAUGGGCAACGAGAAUUCAGAAUAUCGAAGUUCAACUUAGUAGACUUAGCAGGAUCUGAAAAUAUCGGUAGAUCUGGGGCUGUCAAUCAACGAGCAAGGGAAGCUGGCUCAAUUAAUCAAAGCUUGUUGACUUUAGGAAGAGUUAUAAAUGGUCUUGUCGAUAAUGAUAAGCAUAUUCCUUAUCGAGAAUCCAAGCUAACCAGAUUACUUCAAGAUUCUAUUGGUGGCAAAACAAAGACAAUUUUAGUUGCCAAUAUUUCACCAGCUAAGAUCAAUUGUGAAGAAACUCUAAGUACCCUUCAAUAUGCCAGUAAGGCCAAGAAUAUUCAAAACAAGCCACAAAUCGGAACUUUAGUUUUGAAAAACAUCUUAGUCAAAGACUUGAGCGUGGAAUUAGCCAGAAUUAAAGCUGAUUUAAACGCUAGUCGUCUCAAGAACGGAAUAUUUGUUGAAGAAUCAAAUUACCGUGAAUUAAAACUGGAUAUUGAUAAUUUGCGUACUGAGAACAAUGAAUACAUGUCCAAAAAUGAAGCUUUACAGAGGCAAGUGAAAUCAUUACAACAGCAGCUAGAUGAAAAUAAUGAAAGAAUAUUCAAAAAGAACGAAGAACUUGCGCACACAAAUUCAAUAAUCAAUGAUUUACAUGAUAAAAUUAAUAGACAGUCAGCUAAUCACAAAAACUUAAUGAACAAUUCUAGCAAAUUCAAGUCGAUUAUUGAAAUGAUGAAUGAAAACAUUUUCUAUUUAAUAAACAAUGAAAGGCAACUAAAGGAAAAAUUGCAAACUUUGAUUAGUGAACAGAUGCAAGCUGAAAACAAAAAGUUACAGAACUCCAUAACAAAACUUUUGCAGCUUGACAGUAGUGGCUUGACCGGCCAGUUCCAGUUUGUGAAAAACAAGAUCCAUGAAGAAUUUGAGGAACUAGAAGCGCAUACAAAACAAUUCUCUGUGAAAGUGGCAAACCUUUUUAUUUCAAAACUCCCAGAUGUUUGCAUCGAAGUCAAAAAUAAAUUGGAUGAAAUCAGAGAAGCUAAUUCAGAUAUUCAAUUAACAAUUGAUGGCAAUUUCAGAUCCAUAAAAGAAUUAGUUAACGGAUUUGAUAUUAUCGGUAAUGAAAUUAAUGCUGAUGAAAUUUCACAAUCGUUAACCAAAGGCUAUGAAACCCAAAUAGAAGAAGAACUAAAAGCUCAAGAAUCUGUGUUGCUCAAGAAUGUCAUUUCAAUGGUUCAAGAACACAACAAGAAACAACGGGAGGAACUUGUUUCCAAACUCAUCAAUAAGAAUAAAGAAACUAUUUCUUCCAGCAUCAUCAAGAUGAAUCUCAACAAUGAUGGUCUUAGAAAAUCCGCACAAUCAAAAAUUUAUGGACUCACUCAAUCGAUUGAUGAAGCGAUUAUUGGUACCAACACCAAGAUCGAUCUCUUGUCAAAGCAUCUAUCCACGACUAUUGAUUCCACUAGUAAUGAUCAGUUAGAAUUUCAAUCAGAAUUGAUAAAGCUUAAUUCUAGGGCUAUAAUUUCUGCUAGUGAAGAAAGUCACAACUCAGGAAAUUCCUAUGAGAAUUUGCUCACGAAUAUGGAACAUAAGAUCUUAAAUGACUAUAAAGUGGUUAGUGAGGAAUCAACUAAAUUAUCAGCCACCUCAAAACAAGUGGACUGUCAAAUAUCUGACAUCAAUUGUGACAUCAUUCUUGAAGAUCAAGAAAAUAAACAAUCAGUUUUUUUACCCAAUGACACGAACACCAUUCAAAAAAUGAUUGAUGAUUUUACCCAGGAGAAAAAUAAAAUCAGUAGGGACUCCUUGCCUACUGGCAAGACACCCAAAUUGACAAACGGGACUUUUGAAAACAGUGGAUUUUUCUUUGAUGGUGCUAACAAAAGUCAUGUAGUUUAUACUCCAAACAGGUCGCCAUCCAAGCGAGUCAUUUCAGACCUCAAGAAGCAUUGCUCCAAUUUUGAAGAUUUAAUGAAUUUGGAUCUGAAGAAUUUAACUUUGGAAGCCAAUGAAAAUCAAAUUAUGAAAGAUGUGGAUGACUCGAUGAAUGAUGAUAAUGCCUCUUUGUCUGACUCCCGUAUUUUGAGAGAUAUUACACAGAAAAUCGGAAGAUUGGAUAAAUCGGCUAAGUCAAACGGUGAUAAUAUUAUCAACAAAACAUUUGAAAGUGGCCCCAAGCCGACGCUCCUUAAAUCGGCUAGAAUGACGCUACAUCCUAGAACAGAUUCAUUUUUAGGUAUCGAUAAUGAUUCGCAAUCAAAAUCAACAGCUAAGCGGUCAAGAAGUACUGAUUUCAUCACUAAUCGUGUUGUGAAGCAACAGCCAGGCUCUCGAAAGUUUAGAGCUUCGCUACCAAAGAAAAGGGUACUUAGAUGA